AUGGGUCAGAACAACGGCAAGCCCGUCGUCUUCACCGACCAAGUGAACCUCAACCACUUCCGCCUGCUGCGCGUCGUGGGCAAGGGCGCAUUCGGUAAGGUGCGCAUCGUCGAGCGCAAAGAUACAGGGCUCACAUUUGCGCUCAAGUACAUACGCAAAGAUGAAGUCGUACGAUCGGAGAGCGUCCGCAACAUCAUCCGAGAGCGCCGCAUGCUUGAGCAUCUCAACCAUCCAUUCCUUUGCAAUCUACGCUACAGCUUCCAGGACAUUGAAUACCUAUACAUUGUCGUGGACCUAAUGAACGGUGGCGAUCUGCGCUUCCACAUUUCGCGAAAGACGUUUACAGAAGAGGCUGUCCGCUUUUGGAUAGCAGAGCUUGGUUGCGCGGUGCGCUACAUACACCAGCAGGGUAUUGUGCACAGAGACAUCAAGCCAGACAAUGUGCUGUUAGACUCCGAGGGACAUGUCCAUCUGGCAGAUUUCAACGUUGCCUCUGAUUUUGUACCACACAAGCCGCUGACGAGCAAAUCGGGCACACUCGCCUAUCUCGCCCCCGAAUGGUCGCUGGGCGUGCUCUUCUAUGAGUGCAUAUACAACAAGCGGCCAUUUGAAGCCAGCAGCCACGACUCUCUCGCCGCCAAAAUCUCAAAGGGAGAACCUACCUAUCCCGUCACGAGCCCGCCCGUCUCUAUGCCGUGCUUGCAUGCCAUCAGCUCCCUGUUGGAAAAGGACCGAAGCAGGCGCAUCGGCGCCAUUGGAUUUGAUUCGUUCACUGACAACCCUUUCUUCCGGCCUAUAGAUUUUUAUGCGCUCGAGCACAAGGAGAUUGAGCCGAUCUUCAUACCUUCGAGCGAUAAGACCAACUUCGAUGCGACGUACGAUCUUGAGGAGUUGCUGCUUGAGGAAGCGCCGCUUGAGGCCCGUGCCCGCCGGCAGAAGCCAAGAGAAGCUCUCAAGGAAGAUGCUACCGAGCAGGAGAUACGCGCCGACGAGCUGCACAGGAUGAUUGAGACGCUGUUUGAGCCUUUCAACUACACUACAGCUGGCGAUCAACGGACUCCUGCCGCUGUAGCAGUCGCUGACCCUCAAGACUCUGGCGCUGGCUCACGAACCAGCAACCACAGCCAACCCGACCACAACCCCACCUCUGCGCCAUCUCAUGGCGACUCCUCUGGACGUCACUAUGCCAAUUCCAAGUCUCAAGAUACCGAUCUCCACCCCACCCGUUCCACUACUACCGCACGAUCGACACAAUCACCAAACGGCAGUCCGCCUCUGCCCACCAGUGUACUGCAGCACACUGCCAACAACAGCUCACCCACAUCGCAACGUGGUGAGCACGUUGACUACUUCCCUCACGAUGGCUCCGAAGUCCCUACCCCCUCGUUCUCCCGCCCUAUGAACAGCCGCCAGCGAGGCUCCCAACGCAGCACAAGCAUGGGCGGAGGUGUACAGGUAGUUCUCAAUGAGACUGGUUCAUGGACCGAGAUGGCUAACCAGAGCUCCGCGCUUGUACAGAACGCCCAAACUGAGAAACCAUCCGGCAUGCUCGGAUUCCUCAGUCGCAAGAAGGGCCGGGACAGGAGUCCCAAGGCCAAAGAGAGGGGUGUUCUGGGUAAAGAAGGUGCGCGAGUCAUCAUCAGCAAUACCUGA